AUGGCGUCGGGACAGCAGUGGGUGUUGGUGGAAAUGGUGCAGGCAUUUUAUGAGGCUCCUGCUUAUCACCUUAUUCUGGAGGGCAUCCUCAUACUGUGGAUCAUCAGGCUUCUGUUCUCUAAGACCUACAAACUUCAUGAGACCUAUAAACUGACAGAGAAGGAAAAGGAGGACCUGAUUGAGGAAUGGCAGCCAGAGCCACUAGUUCCUGUUUCCAAAGAUCACCCCACUGUCAACUAUGAUGUUGUCACAGGACCUCCCAGUCACAAAAUCAUAAUCAAUGGAAAAGAGUGCAUUAACUUUGCAUCAUUUAACUUCCUGGGUCUCCUUGACAAUGAGCGGGUUAAGCAAAAGGCUUUGGCAUCACUGAAGAAAUAUGGCGUGGGCACUUGUGGUCCAAGAGGUUUCUAUGGGACGUUUGAUGUUCACCUGGAGCUGGAAAGUCGUCUUGCCAAGUUCAUGAAAACUGAAGAAGCCAUUAUCUAUUCAUAUGGCUUUGCAACUAUUGCUAGUGCAAUACCUGCCUACUCCAAGAGAGGGGACAUCAUCUUUGUAGAUGAAGCAGCCUGUUUCUCCAUCCAAAAAGGGCUUCAGGCAUCCCGCAGCUUCAUUAAAUAUUUCAAGCACAAUGACAUGGAGGACUUGGAGAGGUUGCUUAAGGAGCAGGAGCUGGAGGACCUCAAGAAUCCUCGCAAAGCACGUGUGACCCGGAAGUUUAUUGUAGUUGAGGGGCUGUACAUCAACACUGCCGAUAUCUGUCCUCUCCCUGAACUGGUGAAGCUCAAGUACAAAUACAAGGUGCGGAUCUUUCUUGAGGAGAGCAUGUCUUUUGGUGUGUUGGGAGAACAUGGCCGAGGCGUCACAGAACACUUUGGCAUCAAUAUGGAUGACAUUGACCUGAUAAGUGCUAACAUGGAAAAUGCUGUGGCUUCCAUCGGAGGUUUCUGCUGCGGCCGCUCCUUUGUCAUCGACCACCAGCGUCUCUCAGGCCAGGGCUACUGUUUCUCUGCCUCCCUGCCUCCUAUGCUGGCUGCAGCUGCUAUCGAGGCUCUUACCAUCAUGGAGGAGGACCCAGAUAUUUUCAGAGUCCUCAGAGAAAAGUGCAGGCAUGUUUACAAUGCUUUACAGGGAACACCAGGUCUAAAGUUAGUAGGGGUGCCAUUGGCACCAGCUCUUCACUUGGAGCUGGAGAGAGGCUCGGGCUCCAGGGACUCUGACAUGAAGCAGCUCCGCAGCAUUGUAGAUUAUUGUAUGGAAAGACAUGUGGCUCUGACCCUAGCUCGGUACCUGGAAAAAGAGGAGCGCUUUCUCCCCUCUCCGAGUAUCAGAGUGGUGGUCACCAUUGAGCAGACAGAGGAGGACAUUCAGAAGGCUGUGUCUUGUAUCAGAGAGGCGGCUUCAACCCUCCUCAAAAGUUAGCAGACAUCACUGGAGCUUUAACACAAGUCUGCACCAUUGGUUGGGUGGGACAUCAGUGCGAUCCACCGGACUGACUGACUGAAUGUGUUGUGAGAUCUCUAAUAAUGAAUUGACUCUUAGUAAUUCUUUGCCUUUUUUUCCCUUAUGUACCUUGUUAUACUACAUGUUGUAUGUAAUGAACGAGAGUCUUGGCCAUCAGCAGGACUGUCUCAGCUUGUCUUUCUCCUCUGAAUAAAAAUGGCCCCCGAGCACUAAUAGAGAAAACCAUUUUAAACUUGGUUUCCACAGAUCAAAUAACUUGCUGUUUUUAUGAACUGACCAAAGAGGGCCUGUUGUAUUCUUUGAUGUAUUUAAUGUGUCUGAAGUCUACCACUACUUGAAAUGUACACAACAGUUGUUUUUAUAUGCCACUGAUUGUUGUAGCAAACAAAAAUACAAAUUUUUACAUUUUGGAUUCUUUUUUUUUUUUCUUUUUUUUUAAUUCACCUUGAAGUCAUUGGAUUUGUUUGUUUUUUUUUAAGUGGUGUGUGUAUAUAGAGCGAUAUCAGAAUGUGUUUUACUCUGUGUAAGUGUCUUACUGUGUAUCAGUUUUGGGUUAAGGCAGGGUUUUAGCUCUACAGAGUACCAAAAGCCAACAGUAAAUUUUAAACUGGUAUUUUCAAGUGGAUUGACCUGAAUAUUUGUUUUUUUUUAUCUUUAUACAGAAAAGGUUUUGGAAUGGUUUCUAAAACAGAAAUGUAUAUGCCUGGAAUCAAGCAUAUAAGUAAAUGUGAUCUCUUAAAUACUAGCUUUGAAUUUUUUUUUUUCAAAGCUCAAACUGAGGUCACCAUGGGGACAUCCCAGGAAGCAGGUUUUGCUAAUAACUCUGGGUUUGCUAACCCUAAAACGAGGUAAACUCUGGUUUUCUGUUCCAGAAGGAGAGCUAACUGCAACUUUGAGUCAGUUACUGGGGUAACAGACGCUGUGACCUUACCUGGCAGGUUUUAUCCAACAAACUGAGUGUCUCUCUGACUCCUCCCCUCCUGCUGCACCUGAACCACCUGUUUGACACUCCCAUUCAUUUCCUCCUUCAUAAGGUGGCUGUCAGAGUGUCAGAG